UGCGCAGGACUUGCCGAUGGAAUUUUGCGCCCUGGAUGCCCCCGACAUAUAUCCGUGGAUAGCGAACUAUCCCGGAUUGUUCAGUUCAGUUCAGUCGUCAUCCGAUCCGACCACGUAAGCUCGAGUUGGUUUAUCAAUCCUGAUUCUAUCACAUCGCAUCACCACGUCAUUGCUAUCAGCAACAGUUUCUCCACUUACAAUUAAUAUUGUGAGCUAAAGUCAUCAUGAAUAUCGAAGAAUUCCGCGUCCGUGGUAAGGAAAUGGUAGAUUACAUCUGCGAUUUCAUGAGCAAUAUUCAUACUAGAAGAGUCACGCCAGACGUCGGUCCUGGCUACCUUAGGCCUCUAUUGCCAUCAGGACCGCCGAAUGAUCCGGAGUCAUGGGAUGAGAUCAUGAAGGACGUGGAAUCGAAGAUUAUGCCGGGCAUUACACAUUGGCAGCAUCCAAGGUUCCACGCCUACUUCCCGGCGGGAAAUUCCUUUCCCUCUAUUCUCGGUGAUAUGCUAUCGGAUGCCAUAGGCUGCAUUGGAUUUUCUUGGGCGGCCAGUCCGGCCUGCACGGAACUGGAGACGAUAGUCUGUGAUUGGUUCGGCAAGGCAAUUGGAUUGCCAACGGAUUUCCUGUACUUUAGCGAAGGCAGUAAAGGUGGAGGCGUUAUACAGGGCUCGGCAUCGGAAUGCAUCCUCGUGUGCAUGCUGGCUGCACGAGCACAAGCAAUUGCGAGACUCAAGGAAUCUCCCGCACAUGCACACUUAGACGAAACCGCGCUGCUUGGGAAGCUGAUGGCAUAUUGCAGCCGGGAAAGUCAUAGUUCUGUCGAGAAGGAUGCUAUGAUAUCCUUCGUGAAACUGCGUAUCCUCGAGCCGGACGAGAAGAGCGUACUUCGCGGGGAGACCUUGCGACAAGCGAUCGAAAGUGAUGUAGCUGAAGGCUACGUUCCUUUUUUUGUCUCAACGACUCUCGGCACAACCGCUUGUUGUUCUUUCGAUAAUCUUAAGGAAAUUGGUCCGGUUUGUAAAAAAUAUCCAGGGAUCUGGCUCCACGUAGACGCCGCUUAUGCCGGAAACGCUUUCAUCUGUCCAGAAUUGAAAUAUCUGAUGGUCGGCGUCGAAUACGCCGAUUCCUUCAAUACCAAUACUAACAAAUUCUUAUUGACAAAUUUCGAUUGUUCCUGUCUCUGGGUUCGCGACAGAUUUAAGCUUACCAGCGCGCUUGUUGUGGAUCCGUUAUAUCUCCAGCACACACACGCGGAUACAGCUAUAGACUAUCGACACUGGAGUAUAGCGUUGAGUAGACGAUUCCGCUCAUUAAAAUUAUGGUUCGUAAUGAGAAGUUAUGGUAUAUCUGGGCUGCAAGCCUAUAUCCGAAAUCAUGUUAAACUUGCUAAAAGAUUCGAAACACUUGUUAAAAAAGAUUCUAGAUUCGAAGUUUGCAAUGAUGUCGUGCUGGGCUUGGUAUGUUUCCGCGCUAAAGGCAGCGAUAAACUGAAUCAGAAAUUAUUGAGCACCAUUAAUGAUUCGGGAAAGAUACAUAUGAUCCCGGCGCGAGUAAAUCAACGUUACACGAUACGUUUCGCGCUCACUGCACCUAAUGCAACUGCCAGAGAUGUUGACAUAGCAUGGAGCAUUAUAACGGACUAUCUAUCCGAAUUAUUGGAAUUCAACGACGUAAUGGAUGAGCUGGCGGACAUUCGCGAAAAGAAGAGAAAGGCCACCUUGGAGCAACGAAGAUCCUUCUUCGUGCGUAUGGUAUCUGAUCCUGCGAUUCAGCCAGGCUUCACAAAGACUCCGAACAGAACAGGAGCUAAACUCGACACGCAGGCAACGAUCGGCGGUAUCGGAUCAAACACUCAAUCCGGAACAAAAUCUUGGAUAUCCUGGCCGCUUGCUUAUCUCAUGCAGGCAAAAGAAGCCGCUGAUACCAGUGAAUUAUCACUUAGAUUUCGCCACUUGGACACUAUGGUGCGUCUGAAGGCUGGCGGUACCGGAAGUCGUCGCGGUAGCAGUAACGGAUGCAGUCCGGAUCCGUCCCCAUCCGCUUCGCCCUCGCGUGGCAGGUCGCCCAAUGGCCGGGCGUAAUCUGUUUCACAUCAAUCCUUUCUUUCUUCGCGAAGAGUUCUUCUUCUAAAUGCGUAUGUCGAUCAUGACGGAUGAUUCUUUACGCGCUUCAAAAAGAUGGAAAAGAAAUCCGCUAGCUAACAAUAAGACUAUAUUGGGAACUGAGAAACUGCCGACAAUCUCGAUAGCCCACCUUAAACAGCUUACAUACAAUUUGGGAAGACAAUAAUUCUUUCUAUAAUUUUAUGUAUAGAAUUGUAAAUAUAAUUAGAAGAAAAAAGUCUCAUGUUAAAACUAAUCUCGGAUUAUACAUGAGGAUAUAGAUCAUUUUGAAUCAAAUUGCAAGAAUUAUUAAUUUUUUUUUAUUAUCUGUCUUCUCGGGAUGUCAAUUCCUAUCGCAAACUGCAUAAUUAAAAUUAUAAAUAGUGAAUUACGAUUACUUCUGUCAGUUUAUUGUAUAAACUUUAGCGCGCAUUUUUUUUUAUAUGUCCAUGAAAAAAAUUAUGUACUUCAAUCUUACAUGAUUUUGAUUCUGCAAAUAUAUUAUAUUAUCCAUAUUGCACGAUGUAUCAAAUUAUACAUAGAAUGUUGUCUCGAAUUCUGUCGCCAAUUAUAAAUAAAGGGGCUAAAAUGGGCUUAAAUGAAGAAUAAACUCUGCGCGAAAUUGCUCAUCGAAAGAUACAAUCAAUGAGAUGUCGCCGAAAUCUCCGUGAUAUAUUUGAAUCGAUAAGAAAUUAAAUACAUUGUAGUCUCAAUUGUGUCAUUUUUUUUAAAUCCUCAAAUAAUGU